AUUUAAAAAUACAAAAAACGCAAUCUAAAAAGUCUAAAACCCAGACCUGAAGGUCACCUCUUUGGCCCCUCCAUCUUGCUAUUUCAAUAUCUACAGAUUUGAUCUUUAUGGUUGGCUACUACUUUCAUCUUACAAUUUUAAUUUUACCCAAUUUCCUUUUCUAGGGUUUCAAAUUCUGAUCCCAUUCUUUUCCCUAAUUCACUCCACAUUCUUCUCCUUCUCUCUCUCACCAAGGACCCACGUUUCCUUUCCUUUUUCUAAAUUUCCCAAUCGCAAUUUGGCUCCAAAAGGAGCUGAACUAUUUUUUUUAAGACUAUGACCAGAAUUGAUUCAAUGUAUUGUUAAAUCAACUAUUUCGAGUAUUAUUUGGUGUGAUGCGGAAGAAGAGGAAAGGAAGUGAAACCGAGGAUGUAGAAAAUAAUCAAUUCACACCACCAAGACAUGACAUUAGAUCCCCUAAUCUUAGGUCUCAUUAUUCCUUAGAAGAUUACAAUAGGCUGAAAAAGAGAUGUAAAGAGGACGAAGAUGGAUGUAACGAACCCGUUAAUUCCUUUAAGAGUAGGCUUGCUGGCAUUGCCACUGCUCCGCCUUGUGGUGCAUCAUCUUCCCUGGUGCCACCCGGUAGAGGUCUUAAGAGAAAGAUAGGGUGCAUAGAUGCUGCUACUCAGACAGGUAGAAAAAAUAAGUUUGAGGAUGACUAUGUUAAAGGUGCCACUAUUGGGCGCGGUAAAUUUGGUUCGGUUUGGUCGUGUAGCUCUAAGACGACUGGAGUUGAAUUUGCUUGUAAAACUUUGCGCAAGGGAGAGGAGACGGUUCAUAAGGAGGUUGAGAUAAUGCAGCACUUAUCUGGCCAUCCUGGGGUUGUGACAUUACAUGCUGUGUAUGAGGAACCUGAGUGCUUUCAUCUUGUGAUGGAGCUAUGCUCCGGAGGACGUCUGAUUGACGAGAUGAUAAAAGAGGUUCAGUACUCGGAACAGCGGGCUGCUAACAUAUUUAAAGAUGUGAUGUCAGUUGUCAAGUAUUGUCACGAUAUGGGCGUUGUUCACAGAGAUUUGAAGCCUGAGAAUAUACUACUUAUUGAUUCAGGGAAGAUUAAGCUUGCAGAUUUUGGCUUGGCUAUGAGAAUUUCAAAUGGUCAAAGUCUAUCUGGUUUAGCUGGAAGUCCAGCAUAUGUUGCCCCAGAAGUUCUGUCAGAAAAUUAUUCUGAGAAGGUUGAUAUAUGGAGUGCCGGUGUGCUCCUACAUGCACUCCUGGUCGGUACUCUGCCUUUUCAAGGGGACUCCUUAGAAUCGGUUUUUGAGGCAAUCAAGAAUGUAAAGCUUGAUUUCCACACAGGAAUUUGGGAGUCCGUAUCUAAGCCUGCACGCGAUCUAGUCUCAAGAAUGCUGACAAGGGAUGUUACAGCCAGGAUAACAGCUGAUGAAGUGCUAAGGCACCCGUGGAUUUUGUUCUACACAGAACGGACAUUGAAGACACUUUCCGUUAAGUCAAAACUGAAGAAUCAAGUUGGAUCAGUACCCGUCCAGUCUGCCAGUGCGCCUACACCAGAGAUGACUGUGAACAAAUUAGAAAGUGGAUCUCUUGCUGAGGAUCCAAAUAAUAAUUCAUUAUCUGACAGUUUGAGCAGCAAGUCAGAGGAGCAAGAUGAAUGCGGCUUUGUGGAUGCACUGGCCGUAGCAAUUUCUAACGUGAAGAUUUCAGAGCCGAAGAGGAGCAGAUUGUGUGGACCUAACCCAAUAGAGCAGCAGCACUCAUCUAACCUGACCGCUAACAAUCUCUGUAGAGCAUUCUGAUGAACUGACACUACUAAGUACUAACAAUAAUAUAUCUUGUUAGACUGUAAUCUGAGAAUUUGAAGUAACAUGCCUGAUGUACAGCAUUUGUAAAUAGACUGUUCAAAUUAUGAUUUUUUAUA